CCCCCCGCACACACCCCCCCCCCCCCCCCCCCCACCGCCCCGGCGCUGCCGCCGCCUGCCCAUGCGGGUGUCCCGGGUGGGCGGCAGCCGCCGGCCCCCCCCCGCCCCGGCAUGGCCCGGCUCUCCGUCAAGGAGCACUUGGACGGGAUCCUCUCCGACUUCGAAGCGCUCAAGAAGUCGUUUGAGGUGGAGGAUGGGGACGAGGCGCCCGGCUCCCCACCGGUGUCCCUGCUGCCCUCGGGCACCGGCGACAGUCACCGGCCACUGCAGCCCAGCCACCCGCCCUGCUCGGGCACCGCCGCCAGCCCCAGCCCGGCUCCCAGCCCCGUGCUGCGCAGCCGGCUCGGCACCAGCCUCUCCGCCGGCCGAGCCAACGGCGCUGCUGGCACCGGCAUCGCCCGCGUCGCCUCCUUCCAGACCCGCCAGGGCUUCGCUGCGGGGCCGGGCAGCGACGGCGAGAGCCUCCGCAGCUCAUCCUCCAGCCUGGAGAGCCCCGCGCCCACCGGGCCCCCCCAGCCACCGGGCCCCCCCCCGGCCACCGGCCCCGGCCUGAAGAAGGUCCCGUCCCACAGCAGCGUCUUCCCGGCGGAGGUGGAGCAUCCCCUCCGUGGGGCCGCCGCCAGCCACGGCUCGCUGCCGGCGCUGGACCUGCACAUUGCCGAGGAGCCGGGGAUGGGGACCCCCCCGCCGGACCCCUCGCCGUGGGGCCCCCGGAGCCCUGCGACCCAGCCUCGAGCUCGCCAGCCUUCCUCCUUCUCCUCCUCCUCCUCCUCCCCAGCCCCGUACGAUGGCACCGAGGCAGCCCCGGGGCUGCCCGCGCUCCCCGAGGGGCCGGGGGGGCGGCUGCCGGGGGGGUGGGACGCUGCCCUCCGCGCGCUGCCCCGGCCGCAGCUGAGGGUCAGCCUCGGUGCCAGCCCUGGCCUGGCCCACCGGCCCCCGCCGCUGCCCCGGGGCCAGGGGGAGGCAGCCCCGGCCCCCGCCGCCCCUUCCCCGGGGAGGGCUGAGGGGCCGCCGCCGCCGGCCCCCCAAGCCGCUCCCUUCAAGCUGGUGUCCCAGCCGCAGACGGUGCAAGUGAGCUCCCAGCCUGCCUUCCUCGGGGGGCUGGUGCUGGUGCCGGCCCUGGGGACCCCGGCACCGACCGGUGGAGUCGGGGCGAACACCCCCAGCGCCGGGCUGGCGGGGCCGCGGGGACCCUGCACGGUGGCAGCGGUUCCUGGCGAGGCUGCAGACGGCGGCUGGGCUGCGGUGACGCCGGAGCACGGGAGCAGCCUGGAGCCUGAGGAGCACAGCAUGGAGCCAUCGGCCGUGCCGGAGGAGGAGGAGGAGAUGCCCCUCACCGCGGCGUCCGGCCCGGCGGGUUGCCAGCUCUUCGGUUACGUGGGAAUCGAAGCUGUGCUCGAUCAGAUGAAAAUCAAAACCAUGAAGACGGGCUUCGAGUUCAACAUCAUGGUUGUGGGGCAGAGUGGGCUGGGGAAGUCGACGAUGGUGAACACCCUCUUCAAGUCCAAGGUGAGCCGCAAAGCCUCACAGCCCGGCCAGGAGGAACGCAUCCCCAAGACGGUGCAGGUGCAGUCCAUCACCCACGUCAUCGAGGAGAAGGGCGUGAAGAUGAAGCUGACGGUGACGGACACGCCAGGGUUUGGGGACCAGAUCAACAAUGAGAACUGCUGGGACCCCAUCAUCAAAUACAUCAACGAGCAGUACGAGAGGUACCUGCGCGAGGAGGUCCUCAUCACCCGCAAGAGGAAGAUCCCGGACACCCGGGUCCACGGAUGUGUCUACUUUGUCCCCCCCACGGGUCACUGGCUGCGCCCACUGGACCUGGAGUUCAUGCAGCGGCUCAGUAAGAUCGUCAACGUGGUGCCGGUGAUCGCCAAAGCCGACACGCUCACCCUGGAGGAACGGGCAGAGUUCAAGCAACGGAUCCAGGAGGACCUGAAGACCCACGCCAUCAGCGUGUACCCACAGGAGGACUUCGACCAGGACCCAGAUGACCGGCUGCUGAACGACAGGAUUCGGGAGAAGAUCCCCUUCGCCGUGGUGGGGGCCGACCAGGAGCACCAGGUGAACGGCAAGCGGGUGCUGGGCCGCAAGACCAAGUGGGGCAUCAUUGAAGUGGAGAAUCCGGCACACUGUGAGUUCCCCCUCCUGCGGGACCUGCUGAUCCGGUCUCACCUGCAGGACCUGAAGGACAUCACCCACAACGUCCAUUACGAGAGCUACCGCGUGCGGCGGCUGAACGAGAGCAACCGGCCAGCGCUGAGCCCCCUCAACGGGCUGCCCGGCAAGGGCGAGGGCAGCAGCAACCUCUGAGCCACCGUGUCCCCGUGUCCCCCCCUCCCCAGAGUCACCGCUGGACCCCUGUGGCAGUGCCUGUCCCCUGCCCACCAGUGGCUGUGCCUGGAGCCUGCCUGGGGUGAGGAGCCUCCUGAGAGUGCCAGGCUGCCCCAGGUUGAGUUCCCCGAGCCCUCGUCCCCAAGCUCCGCCAUGGGCACAGACCCCCUGGACUCUGCACAGCAUUAAAGAUCGACCCAGA